CAGUCUGCAGCGAGUGGCAAACCGCAGGCUCUGCCGUCACGGUGACGUAUUAGUAGGAAUAAAAGGGGAAUACCCCACAAUCCCCGCAUUGCAAGCGAUCUCGGUGGCCGCAGUCGAAUUCUUUGUCUCGACGUCGCCUUUCUUUCAAUCACCUCCAUCUCUCUCCAUCGCUGUCUCCGUCCAAGCCAUCACUGAUCCCACUCUCAUUCUUCCAGUCUCCUCUUCGUCCUCGUCCGCCUCCUCCGCCACUCCUUGGUCCGCGAACGCCCCGCCACUAUCCCCCCCUUCUUCAAGAUGAGCGGGAUAGACAUCUUUCCAACCGGCACGGGCUCACCUCCUCCCCCCUCAGCUCCUUCACAAUCUGUGGGGGCCACCAUCUUCCCCUCGCCAACAGCGCCAUAUCGGGACCGCGGUCCAGGCGCAUCCACAAAUGGCGUAUACUACCUUGUUUUUCUCGGCGUGCUUCUCGCCCUCAUUCUUCUCGCGGCAGCGCUUACGCUGCGGAGCUAUCGGAUGCGCGCGCGCUACCGCACGCAAACGCAACUGGCGAUCGCCCGCGGCGACGCCCCCACAGGCUGGUGGGGCGACGACAUGUGGGGCGUCCCCUGGGCUGGCCCGGCGCGGCCCCCGCGCCGCGAACGCCGCUGGAUGCCGAUCCCCGUGCUUUUCGACGCGGUGCCCGUGCCCGCGCCCGAGCCCAAGUUCGUGAGCGAGAAGGGCAAGGCGGUGGAAACGGAUCUGUGGGACGAUAUCCAGCCGUUGACGAUCCACUCGCUUCUCCCGCCCGACCCCGAGCCCGAGCCAGAACCCCAGCCGGCCCCCGAUAGCGUGCGCCUCCGCCCCCCCGGCGCAGGCUUCACGAACUUCAGACGCCGGAUGGGUCUCGACGCCGCCCUCCCCGACCCGCCACCACCGACGCCGCGCGCGCCCGAAAUGUCCCGUCCGCUCGCGGACGCCGAGCCCCUCCGCGUCGCCGUCAUCGUGCAGAUGCCCACGGAGUGGGAGUGUGACGCUUCCUCGGCGCUCAGCGACGACGACGAAAUCGGCUGGCGGCCGGGCAUGGAGAUCGGGGUGUGGGAGGGCGUCGUGGAGGGCUCAGGCGGCGUCUCAAGCGGCGUGGACACCUCCGAAAUAGAGCCCACGCACACGUUCUCGCAGGAGUUCGCCCCGCCCCCCGGCCCCCCGCCUCUUUCGGUCCACCCCAACCCGUAUGUCCCGUACCAGCGUCGCACGUUGUCCGUCGACACGAGCGACGCAGGGAGCGGGAGCACGCUGUGGACGCCGGCCAAGCCGGGCUUCUCGCCUGCCAAACCCUCGUUCUCGCCCUCCAAACCCGGGUUCUCGUCCACCCAGCUCGAGGCCACGCCAGAGGUCCCCUCCACAUCGACGUCGGCGGCGACGUCGCGCCCUCCCCCUCCGCCCUCUUCUGGCUAAACACGUCCAUACCCACCCAUAGACUUUCUUGUACGCGCUGAGUUGCAGCCCUAUGUUUGUAAUGUAUUUGGUUCCGCGC